AGUUGAUUAUUUACGAACGAAAGCUCACAGAAACGUGAAAAUGGUCUCAGUUGAAAGAAAAUAUCCUAAGCUAAAAUAUGAUAUAGUGUGACUGAGCCCUUAUCAAAAGAGCGGGGGUCGAUUUCUCUCUUUUCAAAACUGCGGGGGUCCUGACCCCCUGUCCCCCGUGUCAACGGCACCCCUGCAUGUCACUGUCGACUGUCAAUGCUGUCAACUUCCUGCUUUCAGCUGACGAUUUUGUUUUCGCUGUGACCACUGACCAGUGUUUUGUGAAAGAAACAGACGUGAAAUUACUCUAUAAUCUAUCAGCUGGUAUUGUUUGUUUGACAAAGAAUGGAAAUAUCUGCAAGAUGCUUGUGGAAAAAACAACCUGCACAAGAUCUGAUUUUUGAACUACUGUCUUCGUGUCUCUCAGUUUUCAACAAAACCCCCCUAUACUGUCAGCUGCUGUAAAAUCAUCCAUCAGAUCUACUAAUGGCACAGCAAGCUGAGGAAAUGUUUCCUCAAUGCUCAUAUUAGCUGAUGAGACUCCACUGACAUUUAUGUGACAUGAUCACUUUGAAGAUUAUUGUUCUCUUUACUGUUAUUGUUCCACUUCACUAUGAUUUUUGCUGGUGUAGAUGUGCUGAUGCUGAAUAUGAGAUAGAUGGGAGAUGCUGUCCAAUGUGUGCUCCUGGAGCCCGUGUUUAUAGGCACUGCACAGAAAAUAUCAGCACAACUUGUGCUGCAUCCCCUGAAUUCACUUACACUGAUGAACCCAAUAGCUACACAAAAUGCUUCACCUGUUCUGUGUGUGAUUCAAGUCGAGGGUUAAGAGUGAAAAAAGCCUGUAGAUGGUGGUCAGAUACUGUUUGUGAGCCACUGGAACAAUUCUACUGCACUGAACGAAUUAAAGGUAGCUGUAGAAACGCUGUGAAACACUCUGAAUGCAGCGCUGGACAAUAUAUCAAACAAGCAGGAACUCCCUCCACAGAUACAGUAUGUGCGGAUUGUGAAGCUGACACCUAUUCAAACGGAUCUUUUUCAUCCUGUUUACCACACACAAUGUGAAGCUCUGGGACUUACUGAAACAACUCCAGGAACACGAUCAUCUGACUGUGAAUGUGGAAACACCACUACUGCUUUAUCAGUCAUUGUCCCUAGUGUUUUAGUUACUUUAAUAAUAAUUGCAGUAGUAAUUGUUUUUACAGUUAUUCAGAAGAAGAAACAAUCUAAUCAUUCAGUUGAUGAUGACUGUGUAAAUUUUGACCCAAACGGAUUGGAAGAAGUCCCAACAAAUGAGGAAUCACUACAGAUUCCAGACUCCUCAGAAUUGUCUCCACAUCAGGGUAGAUGCCAAGACUAAAAUAUUUAAAAACAAUACUUUUAAAUAAAGUCACUUUUCUGUUCAUAUAAUAUACAUAAAAUAUCAUGAUGUAGGCUACAAUGAGCAAAAUUUUAAAACGUAGCCUAUUGAUUAUGCUUAAUGUCAAUGAAUGGAUACAAACAUUUUAGUUUAUAUUUCAUAUAUAUAUAUAUAUAUAUAUAUAUAUAUGUGUGUGUGUGUAACAUGUUGUAAAGUAUUUCCCAUUUGACUGUAUACAUAUUAUUAGCCUAUUAUUAUUAUUUUUUUGUUUAAAAAUAUACUAAUAAAUGUGUAACAUGUUGUAAAGUUUCCUGUUUGACUAGGCCUAUGUAAUCGUAUUAUUUCCUUCAUGUUGUUACAAAUAAUAUUUAGACACCAAGUAU